GGUAAAUGUUAUUGAAAGUAACAACAUACCAUGGACAAACCUUAUGUCAAUAUUAAUGGAUUCAUGUAAUGUGAUGAGGGGAUCAAAGUCUGGCCUAGAAGUUCGUAUUCGAAGGGAAAAGGCACCACACUUGUUGGAUAUAGAUGGGGACUCAUGUCAUCAUGUCCAUAACGCUACAAAGGCAUUUUGUAAACCAUUUGGCUAUGUUGUAGAGUCGCUGUUUAAUGAUCUACAUAAUGAUUUAAAGUGGUCUGCAGAUUUGAGAGACUUUAUGCAAGAAAUCUGUGUCAUUUUAGGUGUUAAAUACACAGCUCCCCUCAGGUUUGUAAACCACAGAUGGCUUUCAGUGUACACUGUAGCAGUUGACACAUUACGUCUGAUGGAUGUUUAUAGUGUUUUCUAUGCUGGCUUUAUCACACCAGACAAAAAGCCAAAAGUGUUUCCUAUUGUACAAGAGAUCUAUAGAAGGAUAGGCGUAAGUGAUGCAGCAAAGGAAAGAGUAAGAGAAAUCCACUUAUCUCUGUCCAAAAAAUCGUUGACAAAGGAUGGACGAGAUAGAAAAGACAGAAUCUUAGGCAAAAUUUUUGAUGAGAGAAUGCUGAUCAAACUUGUCUUGAAUUUGUACAGUAGUGUUCUGCCUCUGUUGAAAAACUUCACUCUUCUGUUUGAGAUGAAAGAACCUCUAGUGCAUAUACUACAUGAUAAGCAACUUGAACUUAUCAGGGAGUUCUUGGAUUGUUUUAUUAAACCAGAAAAAUUACAGAAUAUUACAGCCAGUCGCCUUGCAAAACUUGAUCUACACAGUAAAGAUAUGCAUCUGAAACCAGUUCACAUGUUCAUGGGUGUUAAUGCGUUGCGCACUGUAAAGGAAAAUAUCAAAUCUUAUAUAGUAAGAAGCUUCCUUGAGAACCUUGAAUCUGCUUAUGUUGCCAGUGGUCAUGUAUUAAAAACAAAACUGCCUAUUGGAAACUCACUGCUACAGAGCCUUUCAGCUAUAGACCCGUGUGCAAGGGGCCACUCCCUUACAUUGCAGUACCUUCAGAACCUUGCGCUGAAAGUUGAUAAUGUAUUAUCUGAAGAAGAGAAGAAUCAGUAUGAAAGAGAAUUAAGAAGGUACCAACGAGAUGAAAAGUUGCCAGAAUUUGAGAACAUGAGAAUAGACACUUGGUGGGCAGAUGUUCAAAUGAAAGGACAGUAUCCUGUCUUAAGCAAGAUGGUAUUGUCCUUGUUGACCUGUUUCCAUGGUCCACAGGUGGAAGGCUCAUUCAGCAUGAUGGGGGACAUCAUGGAUCCUAAAUCUUCAAGAAUGAAGAUUGAAACCUAUUCAGCAAUUCAAACUGUGAAGUCCACAUUACAAGCACAGAAGAAAACUGCUGUGGAAUAUUUUUCACCUCAUGACUUCCAAAAUAAUGCACCACAGAGGAGACUUCUUAAUAACAUGAGGAGUGCAUAUAAGUCAUACAAGUGUGAAAAAGAGAAAGCCAAAGAACAGGAGGAACAGAGAAAGAGAGAAUUAGAAGUGAGAAAAGCAAAUGUUGAAACAAAACGAAAGGCUUCAGAACAGUCAGAAAGAGCUUCCAAAAUUGCACGUUUGGCUCACAAACAACUGAUGAUGAAAUCUUAAAAAAAAACCAGAAAAAAGUCUAAAAAAGGGACAUAAUUUGAGUGAAGUUCGUGCUACAUUUUACUGUUACAGUGUAAAUAUAUUACAAUCUAAAUAUAUUACAAUAUUAAUGUGAAAGUGUACAUAUAUAGUCUCUAGCUAUAUUGUGAAAAGUAAUUUGUGAACUGACAAAACAAUUUAGAUUUAAACUACAGUUGGACAUAUGUGGAACAUGUAUUUACUUUUUACAAUUUAACAAAACACAUUUAACAAACUUAAACAUUUUUCUUGCAAUUGGAUUACACUCAAGUAUCUCAUUCUGUGGAACAUUAGUUGUGAACUGGCCAUGGUAAGUGUAUAAAUUGUCAUGUUGAUGAAAAUUUCAAA